UCGACUUCUUCCCUUCCUGGGUCUUGCAUUUUUGUAGUCGGCAGCCUGAAGCUUUUGUUCACUUACCGUCGCGUCGAAGUUCUACGACAAACGCCUGACUGGCCAUUUUAUUCCGUUCCGAGACGCAGAAAUUGUUGUCAGCGGCAUUUUGAAGAGAAACCGCAGCCUUUCGUGCGUGCCCGCAGCUGCGUUCACCACGCAGCGGUUGUUCCCCAAUCUGACCGAAUCGAGGAGCCAUGCCGAGCGGAGACGUUCUCGUCGCGUCGCAGCCAGCGAUAUGCAGCAAGGAGGAAAUGCGGGUCUACCGCGCUGGUUCGCAUUCGUCGACGCAGAGGCCGAUGGUCGCAUCACGGGUCCGGACGCCGUUCCCUUCUUCAAGCGCUCGGGCCUCAUGCAGCACGACCUCAAAGCGAUCUGGGCUGCAGCAGACGACCGUCGCCAGGGCUACCUGGGGUUCGAGGAGUUCGUGGUGGCCAUGCGGCUGAUCGCCAAGCAGCAGAUGCUGUCCCGCGGGGAGGACAUGCCAGCGCGCUACCCGUGUUUCCCCUUGCUCAAGGGGCUGGACGAGGCUCUGGCGUCAGAGAGCAUCCUGGCGUGCACUGCAUCCAUUGAGUCCGACACAGCAGCAGACGAGCCAGACCCUUCCCUCGCGGCGUCGCUCAUGGCUAUGUUCAAGCCCAAGCCCAAGGCCAAGAAGCCCCUGUUCCCAUCCGCCAUAACAUCCGUGGUGGACGGGCUGAGGGGCCUGUAUGAGAGCAAGCUGCGGCCGCUGGAAGAGAUGUACCGCUUCGCCGACUUCCACAGCCCCAUCCUGACGGAAAGCGACUUUGAGGCCAAGCCCAUGGUCAUGCUGCUGGGGCAGUACAGCACAGGCAAGACCACGUUCAUUCGCCACCUGCUCAACCGCCCCUACCCUGGCUCGCACAUCGGUCCCGAGCCCACCACAGACCGCUUUGUCGUCGUCAUGAACGGCCCUGACGACCGCAGCAUCCCCGGCAACACGGUGGCAGUGAGCGCCGACAUGCCCUUUGCCGGCCUCGCCCGCUUCGGAUCCGCCUUUCUCGAGAAGCUCGAAGUGGCGCAGCUGCCCCACCCUCUGCUGGACCACAUCUGCCUGGUGGACACCCCGGGGGUGCUGGCAGGGGAGAAGCAGAGGACCCAGCGCAGCUACGACUUCACAGGGGUCACCGAGUGGUUCGCCAGCAAGUGCGACCUCAUUCUGCUGCUCUUCGACCCGCACAAGCUGGACGUGAGCGACGAGUUCAAGCGCGUGAUCACGUCGCUGCAUGGGAAUGCUGACAAGAUCCGGCUGGUCCUGAACAAGGCGGACCAGGUCAACACACAGCAGCUCAUGCGUGUGUACGGUGCGCUCAUGUGGUCGCUGGGGAAAGUGAUCAACACACCUGAGGUCAUGCGCGUGUACAUAGGAUCCUUCUCCGACACAGCUCCUGCCAAGAAGCUUCCUGCCAAGAAGCUCCAUGCCAAGAAGCUUCCUGCAAAGAAACCCCGCAAGCAGGCCCUCCAGCUGCGGUCAGCAGCGCAGCAGGCGAACGGAGCAGAGGCCAAGCCCCGCGAGGAGAAAGCGGUGUGCAAGGCAGGCGAGGGAGCGAGUGUGGAGGAGGCGGGACGAACUGGAGGGAGUGAGAAGGAGGCGAAGAAUGAGUGUGCGGCAGUAGUAGAGGAGAGCGGUGCGGAGGCGAGCACGAAGGGUGCAGGUCUGGAGAAGGAAAUUGUGGAGGGAGGAGUGGAGGGAGGAGAGGAGGGAGGAGAGGGGCGCAGUGGAGGGGAAUUGGAGGAGAGCAAGGGCAAGGAGAACAUGCCACCAACGAGCGAUGGGGGUGCCACGGCUAAAGGGAGAGGAGUGGGGAAGGGUGCGGAUGGCGCAGAGAAGGAAGAGGAUGAGAGUGAUGAUGAGGAGGAGCAGCCAGAGACGGAGGGCGACGAUGAUGCAGAGGGGCGGCUGGGGCGCGCGCUGUUUGAGCGAGAGAUGAACGACCUGCUGUCGGACCUGGGGGACCUGCCCAGGAAGAGCUGCGACAGAAAGAUCAACGAGUUCGUGAAGCGCGCGAGGGCAGCGAGGGUGAAUGCGUUCAUCCUCUCGCACCUGCGCUCGCAGCUGCCCCUGUUUGGCCGCGCCAAGGCGCAGCAGAAGCUCAUUGACAACCUGCCCCAGGAGUUCGAGAAGGUGGCCCGAGAACACCGCCUCGCAGAAGGCGACCUCCCCCCAGUGGCUCUCUUCCAGCGUGCGCUGGCCGGGUGUGCGUUUGAGAGCUUUGAGCGGCUCAACGUGAAGCUGGUGGAAGAGGUGGAUAGAAUGCUCGCUUAUGAUAUUCCGCAUCUGCUGAAUACGUUUAGGAACCCUUAUAUGUAAAAUUCCAUAGAUGGUUUCUUUUGCAAUAAAGUUUAUACUAUAUAUGGCAUGAUUUUUAGAACCUCAAGAUUGUUUCAUCGGAUACAUUUUGAAGGUUUUUUCUAAUGCCUGACAUAUGC